AUGGGGCACAAUUCGUCAUACGGAACACCGCCAGAUGACCGCCCGAGCCAAGACAACAGCACCUCGCCCAACGCCACAGCAGGCUUCCCGGGGAACGGCACGCACGACGAGUUCACCACCAUCGUCCUGCCCGUGCUUUACCUCAUCAUCUUCCUGGCCAGCAUCUUGCUGAACGGCCUAGCCGUGUGGAUUUUUUUCCACAUUAGAAACAAAACGAGUUUCAUAUUUUACCUCAAAAACAUUGUGGUUGCAGACCUUCUCAUGACACUGACGUUCCCGUUCAAGAUAAUCCAGGACUCGCAGCUGGGACCAUGGCACUUCAACUCUUUCCUGUGCCGGUACACCACGGUUCUGUUCUACGCCAACAUGUACACCACGAUCGUCUUCCUGGGGCUCAUCAGCAUCGACCGCUACCUGAAGGUGGUGAAGCCUUUCGGAGACUCCAGGAUGUACAGCAUCACCUUCACCAAGAUCCUCUCGGCCUGCGUGUGGGUGGUGAUGGCUUUCUUGGCUCUGCCAAACCUGAUUCUCACCAACGGCUACCCCACCAGGAAAAACGUAGACGACUGCAUAAAGCUGAAGUCCCCCUUGGGAGUCAAGUGGCACACGGCCGUCGUCUACAUCAACACCUGCCUGUUUGUGGUGGUGCUCAUAGUACUGAUCGGAUGCUAUAUUGCCAUAUCCAGGUACAUUUACAAGUCGAGCAAACAAUUCAUUAGCUCAUCGAGCAGGAAGCGAAAGCAUAAUCAAAGUAUAAGGGUUGUCGUGGCCGUGUUUUUCACUUGCUUUCUGCCAUACCAUUUAUGCAGAAUACCCUUCACCUUUAGCCACCUAGACAAAAUUUUAGAUGACUCUGCGCAUAAAAUCUUGUACUACUGUAAGGAAAUGACACUGUUCUUGUCCGCGUGCAAUGUCUGUCUGGACCCAAUCAUUUACUUUUUCAUGUGUAGAUCGUUCUCACGAAGGCUGUUCAGAAAAUCAAACAUGCGAACGAGGAGCGAGAGCAUUAGAUCCCUUCAGAGUGUUAGAAGAUCCGAAGUGCGCAUAUACCAUGAAUACACUGACGUCUGAAGUCACCCACACAGAGACUUUGCUCAUUUGUGAGAAUGUUUGUAUAUCGUGUAAAUAAAGCCCAUCUUUGAGUA